AUGCACACGACAAGACCGGUCACCUUUUGUCCGCUACGCUGCCCGCACUCCCCGCGCCCGCGUCGGCUCGAUGCUCGUCGGCUUGACAGUCUGUGCCAGAUGUCAAUUGACACCGACUGCAAUCCUGUGAUCAAUGUUCGGACAGCAGCAGCCGCAGCUGCAGCCGCAGCUGCGAGUGUCAAUCUGUUCGGAGGGAAGCUCGAGACAGGUGCCGUUGCUUGCUCGUUCGGCCAUGUCGUCGUGUCUCACCACUCGUAG